CACUUUCUAAACGCGACUUCAUAGUUUUAUGUGUCCUUGGCUUUGCUGCCCGGCAACAAUCUGGCGGCGGCCAGUACAUGUGUAUCAUGACAAGGCGUGUGUAACACCUGAUACACCGUACAGCGCAGGUCUUUUUUCCUCCGGAUAUCGAUUUAUGGUGAAACCCUCUGUUGUGUUACAGACCCGAGGGUUAUAACGACCUGAAUAUUCGAGCAAUGAAUUUAUCCUAAAGAGGGUCAUUCAACGAAGAAACAAUGUCAGUCGUAGAGAAAUUCACCACAGCCUGUGAGAAUGUCUUUUCAAAGUACGGAAGAUUUGUUGGGGCACACCCCUGGUGGUUCAUCGUCAGCAGUAUUGUCGUGAACGGUGUCUUGGGAGUGCUUCUCCUGGGCAUCCAGUCCGUGAAUGACGUGGAGAAGGUGUACGUGCCCACCGGGAACCAGGCGGCCAAAGACAGGCACGCCGCCAGGACCAUGUUUCCUGACAAAAGUGGGACUUCCUUCUACCCACAACACGUCAUAGAUGACGGUAAAUUCGGGGAGGUCAUCUUCACGUCUGCUGUCGGCUCUAACAUUCUGACAGGCCCUGUCAUAACAGAAAUGGCGGAAAUCAGCCGGAAGAUCAAAACCUUCUCUUUUACUGACUCAAACGAUAGCCGAGUGGAUUUUGAGACUGCAUGUGCUCGUUUGCUGGGAAACUGUGUCGUUUCCGGCGAGUUUAUUCUCAAAAAGGAAUUCCUGUCUGAUCUAAAUAACAAUAAAGUCUCCUAUCCUGAUUACAACAAUGGCGUACAGAAUGUGGAUCUGUCGUUAUACCUGUCUGGAGUAGGUCACACCAAUGGUACACUGUACGCAGCAAAAUAUUUAAAGCUCCGGUACAAUUUACGCCAGGAUACCCCUCAAAACACUAUUCUCUCUGGGCAAUGGGAGGAAGAGUUUCUAAGUCAAAUGUCGGCUAUGACCACAAAUACUACGCUGACAGAUUUAGCUUAUGCAGUGUCUGACUCAUUAAACGUCGAACUGACCGAAAACUCGGGAGGUGACAUCAUGUGGUUCAGUUUGACCUUUACUCUGAUGAUCACCUACGCCAGCAUCGUCACUUCCGGUGGAAACUGUGUGUCAACUAAAGGCUUCCUGUCGACAGCCGGUGUUCUGGCGGCCGGACUGGGAAUCCUGGCGGGAUUUGGGGUCGCCAGUAGGAUCCUGCCUUUCUCAAACAUAGUAGGAAUCAUGCCCUUUCUGGUUAUAGGGGUUGGUGUUGAUGACGCAUUCAUCUUAAUGUCGGGCUGGUCAGAAAACCGGGAAGCCAUAAACAUCCCUGACAGAGUGGCGGCCACCAUGAGGACCAGUGGCAUGUCCAUCACGCUGACCUCUCUCACAGACCUGGUGGCCUUUCUCAUCGGAAUGACCAGUUCCUUCUACUCCGUGAAGAUAUUUUGCCUAUACGCUGCUUUGGCUAUCCUCUUCUGUUACUUAAACCAAGUCACGCUGUUUGCGGGAUGCUUGGCUCUACAUGGCUGGAGAGUGAAACAAAACCGGCACUGUGCCACGUGUAUGGUGGUAGGAUCGACUGGAUCAAAAGCAGCACCAGUGGAGUCCCUUGGAAGCAACUCUUCGGAUGUUCUCCAGAAAGGAAAACAGGAAACCAGUGUUACCCAGGAUAGCAAGGGGACAAACACCGUGGAAAACAGUGCGUUUAAACCUGAACACAAUAUUACUCAGAAAUCCAUUCCAACAGAGGCCCCCGAUGGAGAGAAACCGGACAGUUCGUCCAAACUUCAACAGAAGGCAUCGACAGUGGACACUGGAACACUUGCCUCCGGUAAUGGGAAACAAGAUGCGACCAAAACUGCUCCAAUAAAGAACGAUGCAGUCGUGACCACAGGCAAUAGAAAACAGGACAGUAACUCCAAACCUGACGCAACAGCCGUUCCAGACAAUAUGAGACAGGGGAGUGCCCCCAAACCUGAACACAGGAAGCCCAACAUAAAGGAAACCAUAGAACUUCAACAAAAUAUGCUUACCAAAGACACUGAUAUUACCGCUCCGGACAGUACUCCCAAACCUAACAGAUUGUGUUUGGAGCGACUCUUCUGUUCUGGCCAACCCUCUCAAAGACCCGGUGAUGACGAAAACCUCUUCGAGAGGGUGCCCCGUAAAUUUCUCCCUGUCCUCGUUUUAUCUAUACCUGGCAGGGUCGGGAUUGUCUUGAUGCUCAUAAGUUAUCUCUCAAUGUCAAUCUACGGGGUGGUUCAUUUACGACAGGGCCUCGAACUGAAGAACCUUAUAGCUCCGUCUUCGUAUUUCUAUGAAUAUACUAACUGGAACACGGAUCACUAUCAGCAACGUUUCUUGGUUACUUUUUUUGUCAGUCAGUCGCUGGCUUACAAUGACGACACAAAUAUAAACACACUGGAAAACCUUUUUGAGGGGGUGAAGGCUGACAGCGCCAUACAAGACAACUUCCAGAUCUCCUGGAUGACCACUUACCAAAACUCCACUUUUUAUGACCCAUCCACCAAAGAGAAUUUCUCAGGCGGACUGAAAAAGUUUCUUCUGCAUUAUCCCUUGUUUGAGAACGAUAUUAGAUUUGGGGACAAUUCGUCCGAGAUCACGGGCUCACGGUUUCAUUUUCAGACAGUUGAUCUCCCAGAUUCUUCACAGCAAGGACAGUUCAUGAUAAGGAUGAGAGACAUUGCUUCUACAUCCGGUAUCUCGGUUUUCGUGUACUCACCGCCAUUCCUCUACUUCGAGCAGUAUAUUGCUAUCUUGCCCAACACGUUACAGACUGUAGGAGUGGCUGUGGCGGCCAUGUUCGUCCUCUCAGUGAUCUUUAUUCCCCACCCCCUCAUGUUUGUGUCUAUUACAGUGUCUAUGGUGUCUACACUGACGGGGAUACUAGGGUUCCUGUACUGGUGGGAUCUCACCCUCAGCUCUAUCACAAUGCUUCAUCUCGUCACCGCCACGGGCUUCUCCGUGGAUUACUCCGCUCAUAUCUGUCAUGCCGUGAUGCAGAAUGGGAAACUGGGCACCAGCAGACAAGAUGUGGUGUCCAAGGCGCUGGCUGCCACAGGAGGGCCAAUACUGAACGGUGCACUCUCUUCAUUUAUUGGUAUUUUGUUUCUGGCGCCUUCAGAAUCCUACAUUUUUAGUUCAUUUUUUAAGGUAAUGUUACUGGUUGUACUAUUCGGAAUGGCCCAUUCCAUUCUGUUCUUACCGGUGUUCUUCUCCCUCUUCGGACCACCAGGGAAAACUACAUCCCAUUCUCAAGAUUCCGUACAAAGAGAAGCCACAAAUCAAUGAAUGAGAAGUAAUAAUUGAAGGUGUCUGUACGUCUUUAAUUAUAUUAUAUAUAAUCAGUUUGUGCUCUCAGGAAUUAUCCAUCCUAAAGAUAUUAACUGGAUAAAGAAUGAAGACAUCUGCAUAGUGUCCUGAAUAAAAUCGACGAUUAACGGAUGUCUCUAGCGCAUAUGAAACUGAACUUUUUUCAUUAUCACGGGCAUGACUGGUUAACAGAAAAAAAAAGAGUUAAGUAAUUUCGGCUGUGUUUAUUCAGAAACGUUACUUAACUGUUUUGGGGGGGCCUCCGUGGCUCAGUCGGUUAGCGCACUAGCGCAGCGUAAUGACCCAGGAGCCGCUCACCAAUGCGGUCGCUGUGAGUUCAAGUCCAGCUCAUGCUGGCUUCCUCUCCGGCCGUAAUUGGGAAGGUCUGUCAGCAACCUGCGGAUGGUCGUGGGUUUCCCCCGGGCUGUGCCCGGUUUCCACCCACCAUAAUGCUGGCCGUCGUCGUAUAAGUGAAAUAUUCUCUUAGUACGGCGUAAAACACCAAUCCAAUAAAUAAAUAAAUUAACUGUUUUUCGUUAUGCGUUCGCAGAAAGCAUUGCUCAGUAGAUUCUUGUUUUAGACCAGUCAAACUGUCCAUUUUUACACCCGCCAAAGCGGGUUAUGUAUUCACCCGAAUUUAUUUGUCUAUUCGUCUAACCGUCCGUUUAUCCAUCCGUCCGUUAAUCCAUCCGUCCGUCCAUGCGUCCGCCCAUUCGUCUAUUUGUUUAUCUUGUGGCAAAACACAUAUGUCGAGUAUUUUUCCUUUGUAACGAAGGAUUAGAACAUCUCUAAGUGCCCUCUAUACAUCAACAUUUUGUUCCACAGCUAAUUUGUGGCUAUUUGAGUACAUGACCAAAACUUUAUGAUUUAUCCACGGAAUUAUAUUAUUAUCGCCCAUAAUCCGUAACACCUAUACACUAUAUAAUUUGUGUGGUUCCCAAAGUUUUUCAAGAUUUCUCAAGACACAUUAUCCUUAUUUUACUUACUAACACAUUCCAUACAAGUAUAGUUAGUACUGUUGUUUUUUCCUUUAAGAGCAGCUAAUAAAACAUAUCCAGAAUUUUGUA